AUGUCAAUCCCAUCAGACUCAGCUUGGAGAGGGACUGCAGCACUCUAUCCUCAGCCUUUGAACCAAUCUGAGGAAUUGGGAGUUCAACAUUUGUUGGAACAUACUUACUAUAUGAAUUGUGGCCCUUUGGGAAAUCCUCGGUUGGAUGAUAUCGUAUACAGAAGUAGUGAAGAUGACCAAGGUAUCAGGAGGCGUGUGUUCCGUUGGGACUUGACUCCUUAUCAACAAGUCAUUGCUCAUGGAUUUCAAGCAAGACGUGAAGAGAACAUCCCCGAAACCACUGACUUCAAUUUGCAUCAUUAUGUCCAUAACGCUGGUAGGCCUCUUGAAUCAACUAGGGCUGCAACACAUGCUUUCGUUAGCACCACACUUAAUAGGGCUUGGCAUCCAAGCCCCAGCCUCCAACCUGCACAAUCUAUGCGAGUCUACCACUACGAGAUCAAUGCUCCUGGUGGUAUUUGGGUUUCUCAGACACUGGGUCAUCUCUAUGAAUACCCUGCCCAAGAUGAAGUUUCCUUCAUUGGUGGCAUUGCACCUCAAUACAUUCGCUCUGCUCAAUUAUACCUCAUCAACGUGAAGUUGGAUCAAUUCAAAUCCAUCGCUAAUUUUAGAUGGAUAUGUUACCAAUCAGCCAAAUCCGUCACUAAAUGGGUUCAUCUACUACCAUGUCACUCUCAAUCACCCUUUAGAUAUACAAGAUGUGUGAGAGUUGAUGAUACCCUCAUCUUAAAUGCUAAUUUUAAUCCACAGUCGGAUCCGCCUAGGCUGCUCAGCCUUCGGGGCCCUGUAGUUGAGUACGUGGAUAAAACUACUGGACAUGAUGUGAGAGAGAGAAGACCAGUCUACUCAGAUGAAGCAUAUGAUUGGUAUACCAAUGGAGUAGAUGACAUACAAAGCUACAUCAAUGCUGGAUUGCGUGCACGUAAUGCCAAUGAAGCCUAUUUAUUCAUGAAAAAUGAAUAUGUGCUCGUGGAUUAUCCGGGAUCAACAGGCGACAGGAUUAUCAAGGGUGUAAAGAAAAUCAUUGACUGUUGGCCCUCUCUUAGGCCAAUGUUGCCUCGCAACAGUCAUGGGCUUGAUGAACAUGAUCAUCAUGGUAAACCACAAGAUGACCGCGACCAUGACGAGCUUUAA